UUGAUCUCGGAUGACUCUGUAUUAGCCUUAAGAGAUAUGCAUGGAGAUAAUCCACUGCACGCUGCUGCAGUGAUGGGGAACUACGAGGCCGCGGAAAUGCUGGUCACCAGAUAUCCUGACUUGCUCUACCAUUCAGACUGUGUUGACAGAUUCCCCCAUCACUUAGCAGCUUGUUGCGGUCAUAAGAACAUUCUUCAGUUGUUGAUUUCCAAAACCAAUCAUAAUCAUCUCAACAAUCCAUUUGCUGGUGAUGCAGGAUGUGAUCUUCUAGAUUUGAUGAUUUGUGCUGACUUUUUCGAUAUAGCAUUGGAAUUGGUUCACAAGUAUCCUUAUAUGGUCAGGAUGAAUCCUGAGGCUAUUAGUACAGUUCUGGUUAAGAUAGCAGAGAAGGCCACAACAUUCUGUGUCGACGAUCAAUUCAGCUUUUGGAAACGUCUCAUAUACUGGUGUAUUUUGAAGAUGAAUAUGAAGCCAAAAUCAUUUGACAUUGAGAACCAAACUAUUCUAGAUACAGAGCAUCCAUGGUGGCGCAAACUUGUUCUCAAAUUGCACUCUGCGUUCGGCAUUAAUAAGAUAAUGCUGCGUGAGAAAGCACUCGAGCUUGUGAAAUGCUUAUGCAAACACAUGAAAUCGUUAGACUAUGAUACUGCAUCAGAGAUUUGCCGAAAAACCAUUCUAGCCGCAGCCAAAACAGGAAAUCGUGAUGUUGUAGAAGAAAUUGUAGAGGUUUAUCCUCUUGCAAUUUAUUUUACGGAUUCUUCUGGUCAGAGUGUUAUCCGCUUGGCCGUCAAGAACUGCUGUGAGAAAGUGUUCAAUCUCUUGUAUCAAAGCAGACCAUAUGACUAUUCAAAUGAAACCGACAAUUCUGGUAACUCUAUUCUUCACUUGGCCGCACGUUUGGCACCCACUCACAAGCUCAAUUUAGUAUCGGGCGCAGCUCUCCAAAUGCAGCGUGAAUUACAAUGGUUUCGGGAAGCUGGUAAGUUUCUUCCUCCUCAUAUGAAGGAAGAAAAAAACCAUAGUGGGAAAACAGCUAAGAUGAUAUUUACAAAACAACACAAAAAGCUAAAAAGAGAAGGAGAGAAAUGGAUGAAAGAUACAGCAACCUCAUGUACUAUUGCAGCAACAUUGAUUGCCACCGUUGUGUUUGCUGCAGCCAUCACAGUUCCCGGCGGCAACAAACAAGACUCUCCUUAUCCUAUCCACAACUCAACUGCGUUUACAGUAUUUGCAGUUUCAGAUGCAGUUUCGCUCUUUACAUCCACCACUUCGCUCUUGAUGUUCUUGUCCAUCCACACAUCACGAUAUGCAGAAGAAGAUUUUUUAAAUGCUUUGCCCAAGCGACUAUGCAUCGGUCUAUUCACCCUUUUUGUCUCCAUCCUAUUCAUGAUGAUUGCCUUUAGUGCGACGGUGUAUCUAGUGUUUGGGCGGAAGAAGUCGUGGGUUCUGUUGCCUGUGGGUGCACUAUCUUGUCUGCCCAUUUCUUCAUUCGUGCUGCUGCAGUACCCACUUCUCAGGGAUGUCAUUUCUUCCACUUAUGGCCAUGGCAUUUUCGGCAAGCAGAAGGAUCGUCCAUUUCCCUAACACACCACUUCAAGAUAUAUCGUUACUUCUCUUGUAUUUUUUUCAUAUCCGGACUCUGA